AUGAAUCAAGAAAAGGUGCUGCAACUUACGUCAGUGGAUGUUCAACUUCAGGCCCUUCAGCAGCAGCAAUAUGCCUUCGAGCUGGGUGGACACUGCCAGGCGUUCAGGAUAAGUACAUCCGGUAUGAAGCUGCUGGCGACAUGGUAG